GCAGACACAGUAAUAUUUAACACACAUUGUAGAUGGUUUGACUUCUUUUUUUUCUUCAGUAGAGCACAAACCUUAUCCAUUCAUCCAGACCUACUGUAUGUUCAGGAUGUUUUGGAUUUAUCAGACUUUUUAUUUCAUUUUCUUAUUUGCUUCAGUUUACAAUGAAUGUGUGACUCAGAUCUAUGAAAAUACCUACUUCCAAGGAGGAGACCUCUCUACGGUUUUUACACCAAAUGUCAAUUAUUGUCAAGUAGUGUGUACUUACCAUCCCACGUGUCUGUUCUUCACCUAUUUGCCAGCAACAUGGACUAAUCCUACAAAAAGGUUUUCCUGCUACUUAAAAGACAGCGAUACUGAAACAUUGCCAAAAGUGGAUAUGGAAGGCGCUAUCUCUGGACAUUCCUUAAAACAGUGUAACAUCAAAAUUAGCGCUUGCAGUCCAGACGUCCACAAAGGACUGGAUAUGGAAGGGAAAAAUUAUGAUGUUACUAUGGCUGACACCUAUCAACAGUGUCAAAAAAGAUGCACCAAUGACAACUAUUGUCAAUUUUUUACAUAUGCUUCAGAAACAUUUCACAAUGCAAGCCUUCGUAAAAAAUGCUUCUUGAAACACACCACUUUAGGAACUCCAACCAGCAUAAAGGUGCUUGAUGAUGUUGUAUCUGGAUUCUCUUUAAAGUCAUGCCAGCUUUCUGAAAUAGAUUGUUACAUGGACAUUUUUGAACAUAAAGAAUUUUCAGGAAUUAAUAUUACAACUUUUUUCACUCCCGAUACCUCCGUCUGCCAAACUAUUUGUACUUAUUUUCCAAACUGCUUGUUCUUUACAUUCUUUACCAGGGAAUGGCAAAUAGAAUCCCAAAGAAAUCUUUGCCUUCUGAAGACAUCAAGAAGUGGUAUACCAGAUGCACUUAUAUCAAAGGAAGAAGCUGUAUCAGGUUUCAGUCUCCUAAAUUGCAGAAGAUCCUUCCCUGCCUGCAAUUCUCGCACUUACAUGAAUAUGAAUUUUUUGGGAGAGGAACUCAACGUCACUUACACUAAAGGACACAAGGCUUGUCAGCGAGUUUGCACAGACAUGAUCCGCUGCCAAUUUUUUACCUACUUUCCACUCCAAGAUUCAUGCAAUGAAGAAAGAAAAUGUAAGUGCCACCUAAAAAUGUCCUCCAAUGGAUCCCCCAUGGAAAUAGUACAUGGAGGAGGAAAGAUCUCUGGAUACUCACUAAGAUUAUGUAAAAAAAAGGCCAGUACUGUAUGUAUGGAGCAUUCUGAAAAAACUAUUAGGAUUGUUGGAGGGACAGACUCUUCCCCUGGUGAAUGGCCAUGGCAAGUGAGCUUGCACGUGACGUUAUCUCGUCAGAGACAUCUUUGUGGGGGCUCUAUCAUCAGCAACCAGUGGAUUCUUACAGCUGCUCAUUGCGUUUUGAGUCUUGAGAAUCCCAACAUUUGGCGUGUUUAUGCGGGUAUUUUAAAACAAUCAGAAAUAAAAGAGGAAACGCCUUUCUUCAAAGUGGAAGAGAUUAUUGUUCACCCUCAGUAUAAAUUCGCACAGACUGGAUAUGACAUUGCUUUAAUGAAACUUGAUAAGCCUAUGAAUUUUACUGAUCUUCAACUACCCAUUUGCCUGCCAUCAAAAGAAGAUGCUGACACACUUUAUACCAACUGCUGGGUGACCGGAUGGGGUUACAGGAAAGAAAGAGGUCGUGUAGAAGAUAUUCUUCAGAAGGUUACUGUUCCCCUCAUGUCAAAAGAGGAAUGCCAGGCAAGAUAUCGGGAUCGCAAAAUAGAUGACCAAGUGAUUUGUGCUGGCUAUGAAGAAGGUGGAAGGGAUGCUUGUAAGGGAGAUUCAGGAGGGCCGCUGUCAUGCAAGCAUGAGGAAGUGUGGUAUCUGGUCGGCAUUACCAGCUGGGGCGAAGGGUGCGCUCGCCCGAGGCAGCCAGGUGUCUAUACAAAAGUUGCUGAAUAUGCAGACUGGAUUCUAGAAAAAACUACGUAGCGUAAGAGUUACCUGCAGGCUCAAAGUGAUGCCAUGGAGUAGUAACCAUAGCAGCAAACAAAGAAGUGUAUUAACAUUCUGUAAAUGGUGUUUACUGUUAGGCUGAAACAUAAACAUAAGACAUGAUUAGAAAAGGAAGAAUGAACAAACUUUACAAUUACUAAAUAAAAAGCAGUAAUAAAAAUAAACCAUGUUUAGCGUCACUGAUUUGGCAGAAAAAAGAUAGUCUGAACCAUUCUAUGGGACUUGAUUCCCUGACCCAUCAAGGUCAGUGAAGGGUUUACAGAUGAUUCUGGUGAUAGCAGGAUUCCCCUCUGUUGUGUAAAAAGAACUUAGAUGAAUUUUGGGUUCAGAUAAAGCAUUAGAAGUUCAGGAAAAUCUUGGUUGAUGUUGCUACUGUGAGGAUUUGGUGAUCAUUAGCCUCAGACAGGAAUUCAAAAUAUCAUCUAUCUUCAGUUUAAUGCUGUAAUUGAGACUCUGGCGACAGCCAUUUAACACUGAGAGAUGAAAGGGAGUAAAUAAGAUAGCAAAUUAUUACCUCAUGAAUUUCUCUAUGACAGUAUUUCAGUAAAUACUAACAGGGAGAAAAUG